CGAUGUCGAGUCCGCUGAACUGAAACUGUGCUGAACGUAAUCAUUAGCUUGAUUCCCCUGUUUAAAGACAAGGUUAGCGACAAGAUUGUGUCGAGUUGCGUCAGCACCUCGUAUGAGCCACGAUUCCUUCAGCCGGUACGGAACGUUGUGUCAAAGAUGACUCGUGUCGUCAGAAAUUAUUCUUUUAUGAAUAGGGAAGGGUUGCUAUGUUCCACAAAGUUGAGUAUUCCGGAGACCAUCAAUUUCGCCGAGCAGGAAGAGAACAUGUUAAAACUAUGGACGGCUCACUAUGUAUAUCAUGAAUGCAUGGAUAUAUCUACUAGGGAAGAAUGGCCAAAGUAUUCGUUCUAUGACGGGCCACCUUUCGCUACCGGCCUUCCACAUUAUGGUCAUAUCCUCGCUGGUACUAUAAAGGACAUUGUGACGAGGUACGCAUAUCAAAGCGGCUAUCAUGUGGAGCGUCGAUUUGGCUGGGACUGCCACGGUCUUCCUGUGGAGAAUGAGAUUGACAAGAAACUGGGUAUCAAAGGACCUGAUGAUGUCGCCAAGAUAGGUAUCAAAGCGUACAACGAAGAGUGUCGUAAAAUCGUGAUGAAAUAUUCCAAGGAAUGGCAGGACAUUGUUGGCCGGAUGGGACGGUGGAUUGACUUUGAAAAUGACUACAAAACCAUGUAUCCAUGGUAUAUGGAGUCCAUCUGGUGGGUGUUCAAGCAGCUAUAUCACAAAGGCCUUAUAUAUGAAGGUAUUAAAGUAAUGCCUUAUUCUACUGCCUGUAACACGCCACUGUCCAACUUUGAGGCAGGUCAGAAUUACAAGGAUAUAAUGGAUCCAUCGGUCGUCGUAGUCUUUCCUCUACUGGAUGAGCCAGGGGUGUCUCUAUUGGCCUGGACCACCACUCCUUGGACACUACCUAGUAAUUUGGCAUUAUGUGUCAAUCCUACUUUUGAAUAUGUGAAGGUAAAAAAUGAGAAGACUAGUGACAUUUAUAUCAUAUUGGAGGCUCAAUUGCAAAUCCUUAAGGGUUCUUAUACCAUAAUAGACAGGAUAAAGGGCACAGACCUGAAAGGAAAGGCAUAUGAACCAUUGUUUCCAUAUUUUUUGCAUCAUAAAGAGAAAGGUGCUUUCAGAGUCCUGAAUGACACUUACGUCACAGCAGAAACCGGAACUGGCAUCGUCCAUCAAGCCCCAUAUUUCGGAGAGGAUGAUUUCCGAUGUUGCCUAGAGGCUGGCGUCAUAUGCAAGGAUCAAGAGAUUAUAUGCCCCGUGGAUAGUUGCGGUUGUUUCACAGAGCCGGUUCACGACUUUCUCGGCAAGUAUGUCAAAGACGCGGACAAAGAAAUAAUAAAGUAUUUGCAGCUUAAGAAGAAGCUGAUUGUCAAUAGCACGAUAAAGCAUAGCUAUCCGUUUUGCUGGAGAACGGACACGCCGCUUAUUUACAAAGCUGUGCCCUCUUGGUUCCUCAAGGUGGAAGCAAUCAAGGACAAAUUGCUGGUGGCAAAUAGUAAGACCUACUGGGUGCCGGAUUUCGUGAAGGAGAAACGAUUCGGCAACUGGCUGCGUGAUGCGCGCGACUGGGCCAUCAGCAGGAAUCGUUACUGGGGCAAUCCAAUACCGCUUUGGAUCUCUGAAGACAGGGAGGAGAUCGUGUGCGUGGGCAGCAUGGAGGAACUAGAAAGAUUGACAGGCGCAAAAGUGGAGGACAUCCAUCGCGAGAACAUUGAUCAUCUGACAAUACCGUCGAAACGUGCGGGACAGCCGCCGUUGCGUCGUAUAUCUGAAGUCUUCGACUGCUGGUUCGAGUCCGGUUCCAUGCCAUACGCGCAGGUCCAUUUUCCAUUCAAUCAAGAUCGCAAGGAAUUCGAUGAGAUCUUCCCAGCAGAUUUCGUCGCUGAGGGUAUCGAUCAGACGCGUGGCUGGUUUUACACGCUUCUGGUGAUAUCCACCGCACUGUUUGGCAAAGCGCCGUAUAAAAACCUCGUGGCCAAUGGUCUAGUACUCGCGUCCGACGGCCAAAAGAUGUCGAAGCGUAAGAAAAAUUAUCCCGACCCUAUGGAAGUGAUCAACAAAUACGGGGCGGACGCUCUGCGUCUUUAUUUGAUCAAUUCGCCAGUCGUGAGAGCCGAGAACCUUAAAUUUAAGGAAGAGGGUGUUCGGGACAUCAUCAAGGAUGUCUUCUUGCCAUGGUAUAACGCGUUCCGUUUCUUAAUGCAGAACAUUGACCAGUACCAGGAGUCUGGGAUCAGGUUUGUAAUCACUGAAGGUCAAGAAUCCUAUUCCAACAAUAUAAUGGAUAGAUGGAUUAUGUCGAUCACUCAAUCGCUGUUGAUCUUUGUGAAGAAAGAGAUGGAAGAGUAUAGACUGUACACUGUGGUGCCCUAUUUAAUAAAGUACAUUGACAAUCUCACAAACUGGUAUGUGAGAAUGAAUAGAAAACGUAUCAAAGGUGAAGAUGGUCUGGAGGAUUGCGAUAAUGCAUUGACGACUCUAUUUCUAGCAAUUCACACGAUGGUGCAGAACUAUGCGCCAUUCACGCCAUUCUUGACGGAAUUCAUGUUUAUGCGAUUAGACCAAUGGGUUGUCGUAACGUCGAAUGAUUUGCCUAAGAAUUUUGAGAAUUGUCGCACGUAUAUUGAGAAUUUUACAAAGACAUUCAAGUAUCAACCGAGUAAUCAGUCUGAUUGUGAGUCUCAUCCUGAGCCUAUGGAUGAAGAGAAGACUUUCAAGUUGAAGCGUAAAGAAUACAUGAAGAAGAUAAAUGAGUGGAACGUAAAGAACGUUAAAGAACUUAGAGAAUAUUUUGAAAAUUUUGACAAAAGUGUGCAUUGGAAAUUGAUACCACAUCCGCAACAUCAUGUGAUUAACAAAGACAUUGAGAAAGCUAUAUCGCACAUGCAGUCAGUCAUUCAACUGGGUCGUAUUGUACGCGAUAGAAAGGUCAUUCCCACAAAAUAUCCCUUGCCGGAAAUCGUGGUGAUCCAUCGAGAUGACAAAGUACUAAGAGACAUUGUCUCAUUAAAGUCAUACAUACUCGAAGAACUCAACAUCAAGAAAUUAAUUGUUACUACUGACAAGGAGAAAUAUGGUGUGACCUUGAGAGCAGAACCAGAUCAUAAGACACUUGGUGCUCGUUUGAAGGGCGAAUUCAAACAGAUAAUUCAAGCCAUUAAAGAGCUGUCCGACGAACAGCUGCAGAAGUUUGUUUCCACGAAGGAAAUUAUCGUGCAGGGCCACAAGCUCGAGGAGCAAGACCUGCGUCUGAUGUUCAGCUUCACCGGUCCGGCCGCCGAGCAACUGUCGAAGCAAUACGAGACUCACAGCGAGGGAAGCAUACUGAUCCUUGUGGACAUUACUGCUGACGAGGCGAUGCACAACGAGGGAAUAGCACGUGAGGUGAUCAAUCGAGUGCAGAAGUUACGGAAGAAAGCACGACUCGUGCCCUCCGACGAAGCCAUCGCAUAUUAUGAAAUCAAAGACGCGAACAGCAACUUGGCGAAGAUCAUCAUCAGUCAUAAGGAAUUUAUCGAGAACGUGACCAAGACUCCGCAGAGAGACAUGAUCGAGUUGCCAUGCAAUAGCGAUGUCAUUAUUGAGGAGAUGCAAAAGAUCAAAGACAUGGAUAUGAGGCUCGUGUUGGUCAGAACAUCGGCCAAUCAUACGUCAACACAGGAAGGCAGCACGACAUCAUCGAAAUCGCAACCUUCUGCGAGUUACGUCAACGUAAUACUUUCGAAUAUGCAACCACGAUACGGCGCGUCCUCGAAGGAUAAGAUUUACUUGUAUAAUUCGCAACUUGGACCUCUCACAUACAAACGUUUGAAACAGGAAAUUGAUUUGGUAUUUGGUAUAUAUAACUGUUCGUAUGAUAUGUAUCUUCAUGCCGAGAAAAUUACCAGAACACUGGAUGAUACGCCAGUGGAGAAAAACAUGUUCAAUAAACAAUGGUUAGAAGUAGUGAGAUCAACAAACAAAUGAUAGAAAUUUUAAAUAUAUUUUUUCAAUUGUAUGA